AUGUUAAGAAAAUUAUUUUUAACUACAAUUUUUAUAUUUUUCUCACAAUAUCUUAGAGGAAAUAUAGUUUCUUUAGAUUAUCCAUUUUCUAUAAAAACAAAUUUUUACAAGUACAACUUUACUUUAAAAUGGAAUGUUGAUUGGAAAGAACAAUUGGUUAAAUUUUCUUUAAAUUUUCCUACAACAGUUCCUUAUCAAACCGUUAUGAUAGGAUUUAGUGAUCACGGAAAUUAUGAAAAAACUGAUUUUUGUCUACUUUCUAGAUACACAAUUUUUGAUGGAUUUAUUGAUAAUGAAUUAAAUUUGCUUCCUGAUAUACAACAAGAUUGUCAAAAUUAUAAAAAAUUAAAUAAUGAUAAUUAUUAUUUUGAAAGAAAAUUUAUAACAUGUGAUCCAAAAGAUUAUGCUAUGGAUACAGGACAAUCACAAUUUUUAAUUGCUAUUUUUUCAAAAGAAUUUUCUAAUCUUAUGGAUGCAGAUGAGAAAAAAUUUUUAUAUGCUAUUAUUUUGGAUGAAUAUAUUCCAAAUCGUAAAAAAGAUUUAGAUACAGAAAAAGUUGUUUUUUAUGGUGCUACAAAUUCUUUAAUUUCAUCAGAAAGAACAUCAUACAAAUGUUUUAUUAAAAGGAUUGAUGAUAGUAUACUAGCUAAAAAACAUCAUAUUAUUGAAUAUAAAAGUUUUGUAACACCAGGUAAUGAACAUAUUGUUCAUCAUAUGGAAAUUUUUCUAUGUAUUGGUAGUAAACCAACUGAUAAUUUAGAUUAUGAAGGUUCAUGUCAAUCAAAAAAAAGACCUAAAAAAUCGUCAUCCUGUUCAAAGGUCAUUGGUGCAUGGGCAUUUGGUGCUGGACCUUUUGAAUAUCCUGAUGAAGCUGGAAUUGCUUUUGGUGGAAAACAUUUUCCUGCUUAUAUAAUGGUUGAAAUUCAUUAUAAUAAUGAAAAAAAUGAAUCUAAUUUUAUUGAUAGUUCUGGAAUUCUUAUAACAUAUACAGAAAAACUAAGAAAAUAUGAUGCUGGAAUUAUGGAACUUGGUUUAAUUUAUAGUGAUGCUAAUUCAAUACCUCCUGGUCAGAAGGCUUUCCCAAUGACAGGAUAUUGUGUUCCAGAAUGUACAAAACAUCUUCCAACAAAUGGAAUUUAUAUUUUUGCAACACAACUUCAUGCACAUUUAACAGGAAGAAAACUUUUUACAAGUCAUUUUCGUAAUGGAGUUAAAAUUGGUGAAAUCAACCGCGCCAAUCAUUAUUCACCACAUUGGCAAUUAAUAAGAAAACUAAAAAAAACUGUUAAUGUCAAAAAAGGAGAUUAUUUAUCAACGACAUGUGUUUAUGACACAUACGACAAAACAAAUUUUGUUUUUGGUGGUUACGGUAUUGAAGAUGAAAUGUGUGUCAAUUAUAUUCAUUAUUAUCCAGAAUCUGUUAUUGAAGUUUGUAAAAGUGCUAUCAAUAAUAAAACAUUAGAAGAAUUUUUUUUGUAUAAUAUUCAAGAUCUUGAAAUGAAUAAUGAAUAUACUAUUAACCAAAAGUUUGAAAUGUUAAAUUAUGAUAAUAAUGUAUUUGAUAAUUUAAAAGAAUUAUAUGCUGUAGGGAAUUUAAAUGUUCAUUGUCUUGGUCAUGAUGGAAAAUUAAUAAAAGGAAAAACUAAUUGGGAGAAUAUUGAAAAACCAAGAACUAGCAAAGGAAGUAUUUUUGCUAAAACAAUAAGCGAGCACGAAUGUCUAACUAUAAAUAAUUAA